CUAAUAAAUUACAGGCAAAUAUCGACUUCAUUCAAUGUUUCUCGGGGUUGUCUACUUAAACGUACGUUAAAAAUAACAUAAAGAAGUGUUUUUUAUUCUAGUCAAUAAAUACAGACAUACACCACAAAUACAAUAGGGGAUCAACAAGUUGUAGAGAAGAAUCUCUAUAGCAAGAAAACACCGCAUGCCUUCUGGAAAGCCGUCUUAAGGUGAAAAACUCGAGCAAUUUAUAACAAUAAAUCACAAGUACGAUCCCAGUAAUUGAUAAGACACAGUUUCUACGACGAAAAUAAUGAAUAUGAAACAAAGUUACAUCAUGAAACACCAAAAUGAGAAAGGCAAUUGUGAAAAACUACCUAUAUUGCAGGAAAACACCUCAAAAAGUUUGAAGAGCCAUCUCAAUAGGAAAUUAUUAGAAAAAUUUUAAUUUUACGGUUGCUAAAUUAUAAUAUGGUUGGGAAUUGAAUAAAUUUAAAUAAAAUAAAAUGUCUAAAGACUAUCGUUGAAACGAACAACUCGAGACGGCAAACAAUAUGGCUGCGCUGUAGAGGAAGGUACAAGGUAGUAGGUACUCUAUCCUCUAGUGCUAGUCGUUCCCAGUUUCCAACCCAUCGCUAAGCUCAUCUGGUAUAAUCAUCUCUGCUUCGAUAUAAACAUAAAUCAGGCUUAAAAAUAAAUAAUAAACGAUGAAUUUAUAAAUUGUGAUGGCCCGAUUGGAAUUUGUCCCGGACUGGCUUUUAUUAUUGAACUGGAAUUGAAUUAUGUCCUCGGAUUUAUCCCGUUGGGAAUACGAUGAUGGAAGUGUUCGCCUUGUUAAUCGCGUUGUUGUCUUUCUCCAAGGCGAUUUCCUCGGAAACGGCUUCCUUUUACGGCUCUAGCUACAUAUCCGUGCCACUGUUGGAAGGUAAAAACGUGACCGACAUCAGUUUUAAGAUAAUGACGAAAAAGUCGGAUGCCUUGCUACUCCUGGCCGCUGGGCAGACGGAUUAUUGCCUCAUGAAAUUAGUCUCAGGUCGUUUAAAAGUGUAUAUAAAUUUGGGUGCUGGAGAAUCGACUAUUGCUUCGCCACAUGGCCUGAGGCUGGAUGAUCUCAACUGGCAUCAUAUUUCAUUCACCCGAAAAGAUGCAGAUGUUACAUUGACCAUAGAUAAUAUACACGUAACUAGAGAAAAACUGAUGGGAGAUUUUUUCUUGCUGAAUAUUCACUAUGGAUUGUUUAUUGGAGGGCAGGGGGAAUUUUCCGAGUUGUUUUUGGGCCAUGGCGACUGGUUGAGGGGUUGUUUGUCCGAUCUGGUCUACAAUGGUGUUUAUCCACUGCAAUUGGCGAGAAAGCGUUUAGAACACUCUCAAAUCCAUGAUAUAUCGUGGAGCUGUGCUGCUGAGUUUGUUGCAAACGCUAGUUCUGAAAUUAGUUUUAUAGAUGAUGGCUCAUUUUUAUUACUUCCCAGUUCAAUACCACGGACAGGUGCAAGAUGGGAGCUAGAAAUAAAGACUACAUCGACUGAUGGAGUUAUAUUAUACACGAGCGGUGGCGGAGAAAAUUCUGACUUCGUAGGAGUGGAAAUUGUCGGUGGCAAAGUAAGAAUGAUCCUCGACAAAGGAGGAGGACCGGCCGAAGUGACAAACGAUAUUUACGUGUCUGACGGAAAAUGGCACAAACUCGUCAUUAAUUUUAAUCCAAAUAUUGCUCAAGUUAUUGUAGAUAACAAACCUACAAAACAAAAACUGACCUUAAGUGCUACAAGAUUUUUCGAUUUGGGAGAUGUGAUUUUCAUUGGAGGAGUAGAACUUAAUAAAAGGGCUCGUGCUUUAGGCCAAGGACUUCAAACUGCAGACACAAGCAUGAAAGGAUGUAUAAGAAAUAUUCAUAAAAGUACACAACUUAUAGGGCUCCCUGAUGCAAAGAUAACUCAGGGUUUACUUGCAAACUGUGUGUGGUCAUACCCAUGUAAUGAUAAUCCUUGCAAAGAACAUGCAUCAUGCGUACCAAGGGGCGUAAAUUCAUUUAUGUGUUUGUGCAGUGAUAAACAUUGUGUCAAGCAAGAAUUUCCAAAUGGAUAUACGGUUUAUAGCAAGACACUUCAAUUGGAACUGCUUGAACUUAACCCUAUAGUGAUGCAAGAAGGUGAAAAUAUUGUCAUUACGCCUGAACAUAUAAAUAUUGUACUUGAUUAUGCAAAAUAUGGAGUAAGGGAUUCUGGAGUGCUCUUUUCGACCGUUCCGAAUCAUUAUCCUAAACACGGCCACCUGGUCAUCGAGGUGUGGCAAAAGUUUGGAACCCCGCAAACAUUUACGCUUCUUGAUUUAAUAAGAGAUAAGGUCAUGUAUGUCCACGAUGGAAGUGAGAAUUUUGAGGACAACAUCCACUUGGACUUGGAAUUAUCCCCAGGAACAGGAUAUGUCUUACCAAGUUAUCUUCAGGGGCAACACAGAUUUAUAUUACAUGUGAACAUCACAUCAGUAAACGAUGCCCCAGUCAUUAGUAUACUGCCUACAAAGACAUUAAAAAUCCCUGCUGGAACACGAAAACUUUUGCUGCCAAGUGUUUUAAAUGCAACUGAUCCAGACAGCCCAAGAAACAAGCUAAUAUAUACCAUAAUAAAUGACGGUAGUGGUAGAUUAGAAAGAAUAAACCAGCAUGGAGUAGCGAUAACUUCGUUUACACAAGAGGACUUGGAUGCUAACAUGAUAGCUUAUUUCACAGAAGGUCCUACGAAUUCAAAUUCUAAACUCAUUUUUAAGGUCUCUGAUGGCUAUUCGACUACUACAUCCGAUCCAUUGAAAAUAACUGUUAUCCCUUUGGUUGUUCAAGUAUUAAAUAAUACAGGGGUUUACAUCCCAUACUCUAGUUCGGUGAUAAUUACUUCUAAGAACUUGACAGUCGUGACAAAUGCUGAAGAUCCAAUGCUUGAAAUUACUUUUACGAUUGUUAAAGACUGUGAGUUUGGAGUGAUAGAAAAAGAGGACAAUCUUGCUGGAGGUGAAUCAUGGCAUACUGUUUCAAAAUUUACAAACGUACAUCUUGAACAAGAAAUUAUUAGAUACAGACACACUAAAGGGAAACCUUCUCAGGAUUCUUUCAAAUUCACAUUGUCAGGUUCAGGUACUGAUAUUCCUACACAGUAUGAAUUUGAAAUCACGUUCAUCGAGCUUUCUCUUGAGAACCAUUUACAGUCACCUUUGAUGAUGAAUGGGACAGUCGAAGGAAAUAUUACAAUCGAAAAUUUAUCUUACAAAACUUACCCAAUUGAAACAAAUCCAAAAUAUAUUGUAUACACAUUAAACAAACUGCCUCAAUUUGGCAAUUUGCGUUCUGCGAAACACAACGAGAGAUUAGUCAUGGGUGACAACUUUACUCAAUUGGACAUAAAUUAUAAUUAUAUCAAGUAUAAAAUGUUCAGGACUUCUUACUCUUCGUUUACUGACGUAAUGGGAUUUACAGUUUCGACGUACCUUUGUCCCAUGUCGCUCACUGGCAAAAUGAAUUUCAUUUAUUCUCCUCCUUCUAAACUUCCCUUAUCCAUGAAAUCAACGUUAAAUGUUUUAAAAGUCAUGGAGGGCGGGACGGUUCCAAUUCUUCCCUCGGAAAUCAACAUCACUGUCGCCAAUGUGAAGUCUUUAGUGUAUGAGGUCUAUUACGGGCCGUUGCAUGGUAGAUUAUUUCUUGUAGAUCUAAUGCAAAACAGCACCGAAGACAAUGUCGUUCAUUUUACCCCAUCGCAAAUAAAUGCUGGGAGGCUGUUUUAUUCCCACGAUGGCUCCGAGUCACCGCAUGAUACCAUUAAAUUUGUAGCAGUUUCUAAUGUAGAAGAUGAUGUCAUGAUUUUUUCUGAACUGGAUAUAAAUAUAACUUUGGUCAAUGACAACGCUCCUGUUCGAGUUGUAUCUUCAGUGUUUCGAAUAGUCAAAGGUGGCCAACGUCUCUUGACUACAAAGCAUAUCAAAUUCAGUGAUGAAGAUAUUGAUUUUAAUGUGAACAACCUCGUCUACACUGUGAAAAACGGAUCUGGUGUUUACUCGUCUAUAACACACACUAAAAUUCAGCAAUUCACACAGGGUGAUUUAGAAGAAGAGAAAGUUUUAAUUAUAGAAAGCGAAUUGUCAGAAAAUCCUCUGUUAUUUUCAAUCAGCGAUGGAACACACGCAACUGAAUGUUAUCUUGACAUUAGGCCUUCACCUCCUUAUGUUGAAAUCACUAACAAUUCUCAUUUGGUGGUCUCUCAGGGGGGACAUGCGACUGUAACUACUUCCAAUCUUUUUGCCGACACAAAUAUUGACAUCCGAUUACAAGAUAUAAGAUAUUACAUUGUUAGUGGUCCAACACACGGUGAAAUUUUGAUCUCAGGGGUUUCAAAUAAGUCAAAGUUUCAUCAGCAAGACAUUGAAGCAGGAAAUGUCAUUUAUAAACAUUUAUCGAGUAGUGUCGCUCAAGAUCGCAUUCAAUUAAAAAUCACAGUGCAAGACAUUUACACUGAAGGGACAUUGGCAGUCCGUGUGUUUCCUGCAAUUUAUUGGGAGCCAUUGAUAGUCAUAUCAAAUGAAACUGUUCACGUUGAAGAGUAUACAGGUGUUGUUGUAAAGAGAGAAAAUUUACAAAUUCAUCAACCUGGGAUUCCGCCGAGCGACAUAACAUUUUUAGUAGUCUCAACUCCAAAACGAGGCUACUUAGAAAUUGAAGGAAACGAUGAAGAAAAAGGUGGAGAAUUUGAUGAAAAAGGCGGGAUUCGAGCGUUCGAUCAAGCCACUGUUAAUGCAGGGAAACUAUAUUAUGUUCAAUCAGCGGCCAAUGUUUCUGAAGACACUAUAGUUGUUGAUGUUACGAAUGGUGUAUCUUGGCUGCGCUCUCUUAUCAUUAAAUUUUUAAUAAUUCCUUCGAAGUUUUAUCUUAAGAAUUCUCGACUGACAGUCAUGGAAGGUGGUUCGGUUAAACUUCCUCAUUCUCUGUUUUGUACUACUGCCCAGUAUUAUAAAGACAAAAUCACUGAUUACCAGCUACAAACACAUCCAAAUCACGGCAGAAUUAUUAUGUCACCGAGUAACAAAGGUGUAUCAAAGUGGACAAACCACCAGACAAAAAUCAAUACAAUUAUGUAUGUGCAUGAUGGUAGCGAAACAUUGCAAGAUUCAUUUUCGAUAGUGGGUAAAGUUGGCUCGAAAGUGAGUGAACCUGCUUUUGUCGAAAUAUCUGUUACUCCCAUCAACGAUAUGAUACCUACCAUUCUAAACAAAACAAAUAUUAAGAUUUGGAAAGGUGGUAGUGAAAUAAUAACUUCCGAAUAUCUUGCUGUCACUGACAAGGAUACUGACCCGGAAAACAUCAUAUUCGUGAUUAUAUCAGCAUCCGGUGGUCAUGUCGCACAAUUGGAUGGUUUGCAAAGUGUGGAUAAGUUUACUCAGAAGGAAAUAAACACAAAGAAAAUUGUCCUUGUUCAUGAUGGUGGACAAGGAAAUUUGGACUUGGAUUUUGUUGUUACCGAUGGAAAAAAUAAGCUCGGGCCUAUAAGCUACACUGCGGAAACAGCUAAAGCAGUAUUAGAAUUGGUUUUGAACAAAGGACUGCAUGUUUUCCCUCUUUUACAAAAGGAAAUAUCUUCUUUAAUCCUUCAAUCUUCGUGUUCUGACAACCGUGAGAUUAUUUAUAAAAUAAAGAAAAAUCCAAAAUUUGGACAUUUAUUCCUUCGAAAAGAUAAAGGAAGACGAAUCAACAAUUUUACACAAAGCGACAUCAACUCAAUGAAUGUAUUGUAUGAGCACACUGUCCCAUUUAAAGAAUCUUCGGUACAGGAUUUCUUUGUAUUUGAUGUAAUUGCAAAAUUUGUGGACCCACUUAAAGACAUGACUUUUAAAAUAGAAGUGUCUGUGUUUUCUGGCGGGCUGGACCAAUACUUCGACUUUUCAUCAUCAACGUUGACUAUAGAAGAAGGUGGUUCUGCGUUCAUUCAUUUGAACACAUCUUUAAUCCAAGAAUUUCUUGUCAACAAUAUCAGCCUCGUAGAUCCAAAUUUAAUAGCGGUUCUCAUCCUCCAGCCACAGAAUGGUGUCAUUUGCUUCAACGAUAUUUGUAAUAUUACAACUUUUUCCCAAUUAUUUAUAGAUUCUGGUAAUAUUUUGUACCAACAUGACCAUUCUGAUACUCUCUCAGAUUCUUUCAUGUUUUCUCUUUAUUUGGAACCCGGUGAUGUUUUGUUACUGAAUAUUUCAUUUGUAGUCGAGGUCGAACCCAUUAAUGAUCAGCCAUUUAAUUUGAUUACUACCGAGCCUCACAUAAACGUCGUACAGGGUCAGAAAAAAGUGAUAACAAAAGACGAUUUGUAUACUGAAGAUCUUGAUACGGAUGCGAAUGAAAUUAUUUAUGAAAUAGUCAGUGGACCUAAUCUUGGUGUUGUACAAUUAAACAACAAUACGACUGUCACAUUUUCACAAGAAAAUGUAAAUAAUGGAGAAGUAUUUUUCAAACAUUCAGGCCCUCUUCAAGCUACUUCAUUUUAUUUUAGAGUUUCUGAUGGUAAAUUCACUCCAGUUUACACUGUUUUUCAUGUGACAGUUUUGAAGAUAUACUUGAACAUAACUGUCCUACAGCCUGUCCUUCUUCAACAGGGCAAGACUGUUGCUAAUAUUUCAAAAAAUAUUUUGAGCCUUCAUACAAAUGCAAACAAACAAGAUAUAAUUUUUAAUGUACUGACAUCCCCUAAACGCGGUUUAAUACAUGUUAAUGGUACUCAUUCUUCCUCAUUCUCUUAUAAUGAUCUAUUGAAUAAAAAUGUCUCAUAUAUCCAAGAAAAUUUGACUGCUCCCAGUGAUUCGUUUGAACUGAUGGCAUACAAUACACUGAACUUAGAUUUUGUGAUUAAAGGGCUGUGGAUCAAUAUUAGCGUUAUACCACUACUCAUAAUGGGGAACUUUUCACCCUUAUCUGGUACUAAAACUAAGCUAGAUUUAAGCACGUUGGAUGCCACACCUCUGGCAAAGUUAACUAAUUCAAAUCCAGUUUAUAAAAUUUUAAUGAAACCAAAAUAUGGCCAUUUGAAAAAAAUAAUCAGAACGACAGGCGAGUAUAAAAUUGCUAGGGAGAAGGAUGUAAUGAAAUUUACUCAUGAAGAAAUUCAAAUUGGCCUUAUUUAUUAUGUUAGCAAACCGACAAUUGAAACCGUCGAAGACAAGAUCCCGUUUUUAAUUUACGGAUCAAUGUUUCAACCUGCUGUAGGAGAACUGAGAUUUGAGAUUAUUGGUGAUUCUCCAUCAACAACAUUUAAACCGCCUAAACCACGUUGGCCUGGUGCGAAGCCGUCUGUCGAACAAGACAGUGUUCAAAUCGCAUCUCCAAACAUGAGUGAUGAUUACUUGCUAGGUGUUUCUUUGGUCACAGGCAUCAUCGCUUUAGCAUUGUUGAUCGUAGGCUUUGUCAGGUGUGGAUCAAAGCAUACCAAUUUUGAAGAUUCGAUCAAAUCAGAUUUACCCGAGCCUUUGCCUCAUCCUCCGGACAAUCUUCUUCCAACUUCUCCACAAAUCGCCAUGAGUGGCACACCCAUUUUAACCCCUGCUAAUCUACCACAAUGCAAGGUGACAAGCAAUUCUCUCAAUUCAUCAGAGCCUGAGUUGAAUUUAAGAUAUCCUUAUGGAGACGAGGAUUGGAGUAAUUUUAACGACAGCCGUAGGGAAUCAAAGAGUAACAACUUAAUACUCAGAAAAAAUCAGUAUUGGGUUUGAUAUUGUAUUGUUCCUAUUAAGGAUGUUUGAAUUUAUUAUGUGAAUAACUUCAUAUAAUAAAUUAUUUAACUAUACAAAAUACAACACAUUUAUAAUAGGGUAAAUUUACAGUUUUCUGAACUUUAGCAAUAAGUGUUGUUUUUUCCCAAAAUCUGUGAUUUCUACAUUCAUUUUAUACAUUUUAUUUCAUUUACAUACAUUUCAUUUUAUAUUUUUUUUAUCAGCUUUAAUAACGAAAUUUCGUUAACUAUUCUGCAUAUUCUUUCAUUGAUAUGACUAUCGUAUAAACAGAUAACAUUGGUCUUUUUUCACCAAAUUUAAAAAAAAGAAAUAAAUAAAAUAAAGUUUUUAAAAAUAUUUUUUCUUUUCUGGUGUAAGAAGCUAUUGUUGAAUAACUAUUAUACUCAUAGAUUUCAAUUUUAGAAGUUUUAAUCAGAAAUUAGUGCUUUCUCUGUUUGGUAUUUUUAUAAUGAGCGUACAUUGAAAACCAUCAUAAUAUCUUCAUGCUUUAGUUGUGUAUAAAUUAUGUGUCCCCCUUUUAGGAAAACAAUUAAAAUAUUUUAACAAUAGUGGAUAUGAUAAAUUGAUAUAAUAGUUUAAAAUUAUUUA